AUGAUGAUGAUGCUUCUCAUCUUCCAACAAUGCAUGAAAAUCCUCACCCUGCCCAUCCACGUGCUUGCCUAUUUUGGCUUAUGGGACCCUAUUUGUAAAAGAAUUUUCCCGUUUCUCGUGAAGACAGCGAGCAAAUCCUACAAUGCAAGAAUGCACAAGGAAAAGGAGACGCUAUUCAAGCACAUGCGGGAUUUCGCCAACGCCUCGGGAAAGCUCCACGUGUUGGAGAUCGGCGUGGGCCCCGGCACCAACUUUGAGUUUUAUCCACCCAACUCGCGCGUUACCUGCGUGGACUACAAUCCCAACUUUAGAAACGUCCUCCUGGAGAGCAUGGCUCAGAAUACGCACCUGCAGUUCGAGAAUUUUGUGGUCGGCUCCGCCGAGAACAUCUUUUCGAUACCGGACGGCUCUGUGGAUGUGGUGGUUGGCACGCUGGUGCUUUGCUCUGUCGACAACGCCCAGGCUGUCCUGAAGGAAGUUGUGCGAGUGCUCAGACCGGGUGGUGUAUACUAUUUCAUGGAACAUGUAGCAGCUGACAGAUCAACCUGGACCUACUUCUGGCAACAAGUCUGUAACCCUACCUGGGGACAUGUGGGCGAUGGGUGCUCCUUGUUAAAAGAGAGCUGGAAAUAUAUAGAGAAUACGGGGUUUUCUAAACUGAACUUGCAACACAUCAUAGGCCCAUUGGUCAUAUAUGUAAUGCGUCCCCAUAUUUAUGGAUACGGUGUGAAGUAAUUGUUCAAUCUGGAGAAAGCGUCUUUCUCUUAAAAUCAGAUUUCUGAAUAUAAGGAAUUAACAGUAACAAUGCAUAUGCUGCAAUAAGAAAAGGGUUUCCUCUAUUCUAUAUCAUUCAGAGUUGAGAAAGGUUCCUAAAUGUUCAGGCUGCACUAAGCCUAAAUGGUACCUUGGAUCAAAUUUGGAGGGAGGGCAAAUAAUAAAUGUAAAAAUUAAUUUAAAAAAACAAAAGACCAUGUGGGGAGAAAAGCCCCCAUCAUUUUGCUGUGGCAUCACUUAGACACCAUGUCAGCUGCCCAGGAAGGACAGCUCGAGGAGGCCUUUUUUUUUGGGGGGGGGGGUAUUACACGUAACCUGUGUGGAAUUCUCUAGUAACAAACCAGUAAUGGAAAAAGCUCUAACUUAAGCACAAGCAGAGCAGGGAAUCUUGCUUAAAUAGUACUUCAGGCAGAAGACUUUGUUGGCUUUUAGGAGAGGCCUAUACAGAAAGACUUUUCUCAGCUUCUUUCUGCCUGUGCUUGUAGAGAGGGUAAAACUGCAUAUAUUGACAUGGGAUUAGACUGAAAUCUAAGGCUUAGCAUUUAGAAACUGAUAAUGUUGUAUCAAAGCUUGCUAACUGCUGAAUUAUGUAUUAUCUCCUAGUUUUACUUAUCAUGCUUUUCAUUUUCAAUA